AUGUUUAACCGCCGACUCGCAUCGCGAGCCUCCUCUGCCCGGGUUCUCCAACCCCUCACGCCCACAACCCAAACCCACACCUAUCUCCGCCCUCACCUCAUCACCCAGCAUCCCACCCUAUCAUCAUCAGCAUCAGUAUCAUCAUCAACACCAACCCUCCGCUUCGCCUCCACGCAAUCCCCCUCCUCCACCUUCAACACCACCACCACCCCCGACAUAACAAACCACUACACGAUAUUCAAAACCACCCUCCCAGCCGGCCCCCCACCCGCCUCCCCCUUCAACAUCCCCACCGGCCCUCUCCGCCGCGAAUUCCUCCAAUGGCAAAGCCGCAUCCACCCAGACAAAUACCCCCAAGGACCCCAGAAGCAAGCCGCGGAGGCGCUCUCCGCGCGAAUCAACGAAGCGUAUCGCACGCUCCUGGACCCGUUACAGCGCGCGCAGUAUCUUCUGCGCGAGAUGCACGGGAUCGAUGUCACGGCGGAGGAUGGGGCGUCGAAGCAUGCGCUGGACGCGGAGACGUUGAUGGAGGUGAUGGAGGUGCAGGAGACGAUUGAGGAGGUGGCGGGGGAUGCGGGCGCCGAGGAACGGAUCGAGGAGUUGAAGAGGGAGAAUGAGGGGCGGGUGGAGGAGUGUGUGAGGGUUUUGGGGGAGGCGUUUGAUAAGGGGGAUAUUGAGUUGGCGAGAAGGGAUGUUGCCACUGACCACCCUCUGGAUGGCUACAGCAUCGUCCAUUCACCGCCAUUUACUUUCCUGGUCGGCCCUAACCACACCAAGCUGACCAUUCAGUCUGGCCUCGCCCGUCAUGUCUCCCAGCCGCUCGACCAUCUCAUGAACAGUGGGGAGACUCGCGAGUCGAAACACCACAUCGCGGUUUUGGAGGAGGAGGAUGUCGAGACUUUCGUCGCCUUCUGCGAGUACGCCUACACCGGCGACUAUCGCGUGCCACCGCCAGGAUCCCGUGAGGAGGACCGCGAGGAGCAGGCCGUCAACAAUCCCUUUCGCGGCGUCUUCUCCAACGACCCGUCCAGCCCAGCAGCCAUUCCUCCGCGGGCUCCGAGCCCCCCACGAUCGGGAGACCACCCCCACGGGGACGACAACGACAAGCCUUUCGACGAUGGGUGGAGUCGUCCGGACGACGAGCACAGGCCUGCAGAAGUGGAGACUAGUCUCCAAGGCAAGGAUGACGACUGGGAAUGCGCCAUCGCCGAUGAUGAGCCACAAGAGCUUGCACCGGCGACGAAAGAACCCAGCGAACAGCCCCCUCCAACUCCCGCUGUUGAGCAGGGCGAUGGCGAUGGUUGGGAUGCUAUCGGAGAUGAAGCUUCUAAGGGGAAGAAAGGUAAAAAGAACAAGAAAGACAAGAAGAAGAAGAAAGGGGGUGCAGCAGAGGAACCGGCCUCUAACUUGACACCCCCGUCCACGCCACCCCCCGCGCACUCAAAGCCAGAAGAAGAGGUCGCCAACCCUGGAGCUGAAGCAAGCGCAUUUCCGGAAGAUGUGGCCCCGGUGCCAGAGCCUGUUGAGGCACCUCAAGCUUCGGAACCGGCUGAUGCUGUGGUGCCAUCAUCCUUGCCCACCGAGGGUUGGGAGCAGACUGCGCCUACGCCUGCAGAAGACGAGGCCGUCGCUCCUGGUAAAGAGGAUGAGAAGGAGCCAAGCCAGCAGAAGGCCAGCGAAGAGGCCAGAGCACACCAAGACGAGGGAUUCACAAAGCGACCGACGGGACCGAUGAUUGACACCUCCUUCGCCAGGCAGCCGUAUUCCCGGACGCAUGAGAAAGGCACCAGUCUCUGGGAUGACUUCGCAGCCAUCGACUAUGUUGAUCCCCGUGCCGAGUUCGGUACGAGGCCACCCAGCGUCAUGUCUUCUCGGUCUCCAUUCGAGCUGCCGUACCUGGUGUUUCACGCUAAGCUGUACGUCUUUGCGACCCGAUACUUGAUUCCGGCGCUGGCCCAGCUGUGUCUGCGCAAGCUUCAUCGCGACCUGGUGUACCUGGGAUUCGCGGAAUCUAGCCUCGAGGGAGAAGACGAGGAACAGUAUGCCCUCAACCGCACCAAGUCCAGAAAGGUGCUGGAUCUGCUCCACUACACGUAUACCAAGACCACUCGUCUGGAGCCGAUCACACCCACGUCGGCCACCCAGCUGCGGGAUAACGAGCUGCGGAAGCUGGUCGUUCACUUUGCUGCCUGCAAGGUGCGCGAUUUGGCCGCGUACUCGCCUCCAGUGGACAGUGACCUGGGAUCGUCAUCGAGCAAGUCGCUGAAGCUGGCAGCUCGGGGCUUCCGGGCCCUAUUGGACUCCACCACGGAGCUUGCCUCGGACUUGGUGUAUCGCAUGAUGAUGUAA